GCAAGAGGCACCCAGUUCUUCAAGUGUGGAGGCUCUUGCUAGCCAUGGCCCACCUGCUCUGGUUCCUGCUGCUGUUGGGGCUGUGCCCGAGUCUGGUUUCUGGAGGGCAGCCUACGCCCACACCCCCUCCUGGCGCUUUGAACUAUACCUUGCCUACAGCCAAGUACAGGGUCCAACAAGUCUACAGCCCCGGACCCAUCAGCGCUCUCUUCCGCAUGGUGCACCUCUUCCUGCAUGUGGUCCAGCCGCACCCCUUCCCUGAAGAGAUUGUAAAAAAAAUCAUACAGAAGAAGUUUGAGCCUUCAGUGGAAUAUGAAAAGCCAGAGAAUGUAGUCCUGGCUCUGAAGGUUGUCUACUACGAGUUGGGCAUCAUCAUCUGCGGUCUCCUGGGACUGCUCUUUGUCCUUCUGAUGCCCGUGGUGGGGUGCUGCUUCUGCCUGUGUCGGUGCUGCAACAAAUGUGGAGGGAAGAUGCAUCAGCGACAGAAGGGAAAUGAGCUCUUGCACCGGAAGUGCCUGGGUGUCUCCCUCUUGGUGAUCUGCAUCAUCAUAAGCCUCGGCAUCACCUAUGGGUUAGUGGCCAACCAGCAGGUGAGGACUCGGGUGAAGAGGACCCAGAGACUGGCAGACAACACCUUCCAGGAUCUGCAGGCUUUCCUGGAUCUGACCCCAAAGCAAAUCAGGUACAUAGUGGCCCAGUAUAACACCACCAAGGACCGUGUAGUCUCCAAUCUGGACAAUAUUAACAUGAAGCUGGGAGGUGAAAUCACUGAACGGCUGGAACCUGUGGUGAUUCCCGUCUUUGAUGAGGUCAAAGCCAUGGUCACAGCCAUCAGAGAGACCAAGAAGACCCUGGAAGACAUGAAGGUGAGCUUGAGCAACCUGAAGAGCGGAAGCAGUGCACUGAACCGGAGUUUAAGUGAUGUCAAAGCCAGCAUAGAGCAGUCACUCAACGAACCAGAGUGCUUGAACAAAGCAGCAGAGAUCUGCAGUGACAUCCGGUUGUCCCUGCGCCAACUGAACAGCAACUCCGACCUGGGCCAGCUGCCACCAGUUGAUCAGGAACUUAACAACAUCAACAAUGUUGUUAAUACUGACCUGAAUGCCCUGAUUGAAGAGGGCAACAAAUCCUUUAAUGACAUACCUGCGAGAGUGCAAAACCAAACAACGAACGUCAUAGCAGAGCUCAAAAAGGUCCUGAAUUCUAUUGGUUCCAGAAUCGACAGUGUCACCCAACAGCUGCCCAUCCAGGAGACACUGAACAAUCUUACUGGGUACAUGAAUAAGUCCGAGGACUACUUACACAAAAUUCUGCCCAAAGUGGAAGAAGUUGAUUCCUACUGGUGGCUGGCUUGCUUGAUCAUCUGUUGCCUGCUGAUCCUCAUCGUGAUUUUUUUUGUCCUGGGCUUACUGUUCGGCGUGUGCGGCUUUAACCAGUUGGCCACCCCCACCACCCGAGGCUGCGUCUCCAACACUGGAGGCAUCUUCCUCAUGGUUGGAACUGGAUUAAGCUUCCUCUUCUCCUGGAUAAUGAUGCUCCUUGUGGUUGUUGCCUUUGUCGUUGGUGCAAAUAUGGAAAAACUGGUCUGUGAGCCUUAUGCAAACAGGAAGCUAUUUCAGGUUUUGGACACACCCUAUCUCCUGAAUGAGGAGUGGAAGUACUAUCUCUCUGGCUUGAUAUUCAAUAAACCCGACAUUGAGCUCACUUUUGAACAUGUCUACAGGGACUGCCAAAAUGGUAAAGGCACUUAUACCGCACUUCAGCUGCAAAACCACUUCAACAUCACUGAGCAGCUCAACAUCCAGCAGCAUACUCAAAACAUGGUGAAGGAAUUUGAAAACAUGAACAUCAGUCUUGAUGGUAUUGUUCUGCUAGAUGAAGCCGGGAAAAGAAACCUGCAGGAGUUUUCUAACUGUGGAAUAGACACACUGGAUUAUGCUGCCUACCUGGCCCAGGUUGGUAAAUCCCCCUCAACUAUGGACCUCUUAACAUUUUCAAGUGAGCUAGAAGGAAAAGCCGAUCAUUUGCCCGAAGGAAAUUUGAAAACGACCUUGAAGAACGCUGCCAGUAAUCUGACGACCAUUCACAAUGAACAAGUUACUCCCAUGGAAAUCGCACUGCUUGCAUUACCAAACUACAUCAAGACACUUCAGCACUUGAGCAGCAACGUGGGGAAGGUGAACGUGAUCCUUCACUCUUUGGAUGAAGCUCAGAACUUUGUCACAAAAAAUAUUUCAUCUAUUAUUAUUGAAGAAUCUGAGAAGUUCGGGAGUACCCUAGUAUCACAUUUUCAAUAUUAUCUGCAAUGGGUUGAGUUUACUGUCACUGAGGAACUGGCAUCCUGCAAGCCUGUGGCCACAGCCCUGGACUCCGCUGUCUCGGUAGUUUUUUGUAACUACAUUACUGACCCUCUGAAUUUGUUUUGGUUUGGCCUUGGAGAAGCGACUGUGUUUUUACUUCCGGCUCUAAUUCUUAGCGUAAAGCUAGCCAAGCAUUAUCGUCGGAUGGAGUCAGAGGAUGUGUAUGAUGAUGUUGAAACUAUACCCAUGGCAAAUAUGGAAAAUGGUAAUAGUGGUUAUCGUAAAGACCAUUUAUAUGGUGUCCACAAUCCUGUUAUGACAAGGCCCGUGUAUCACUGAUGGCUAAUGUGGAAUCAUUUGAGCAUCAAGACCCCCCCACCAAGUGGAGGUGUCACAGACUUCUGUGGUCCCUGGGACUGCACGGACUUUCCCCGGCCAGGAGGAGCUCCAGGUACCACAGAGUGACUGGCGGGUACCCGGAAGGGUCAUCUUGGAUCUCCGGGCUGUGCUUUGUCAGCAAUGAACACAAGUACAGGCUGUGACUUCACCCAGUGUUCAGGGGUCCUCUCCUCCCCUGCACAUUUGCUGCUUUUUCACACUAGGUUCCUUUUGAGACACUACAACCUGUGGGGUGUGGGAUUCUGUUCCUGUGUUUCUGGGUCAGCAUCUGCUGAGCUGUGGGAAUUGGGUUUCCAACAGAACACCACUCGGGAAGUGUGCUAAACACACACCCGCCUGCAGAAGAGAUGCAUUUCAUGUGUGGAAAAUUGUGUAUGGACCUUUUGUUGCCACGGUCAGAGGGUUUUGAACAAAUGAGUGUUGUAGGAUCUUCAGUGAGCUCGCCAUCAGGUCAGUGUUGACUUAUAGGUGCUGCUGACAAGAAAUAAUGCAUUUUCCCUGAAAAUGCAUGAAAUCCAUGACGUAACCUUCCUCUCAGGGCUGUGCAUCUGCUCUGCUCAGGAUGUGCCAGGUUCUCUGGAAACCGGAUGCAAGAGCAGUCCCAAAGAAAGAUGCCGAUUCUGUCCAGCAAAUUCCAACAGGGAACAGGGCGGGAGGGAGAGAGAUGGAGAGAUUUAGGCAGAUGCCAAUGACAUGGAGCUUUCUGACUUAUUAGGAUAAAUGUUAAUCAGAGCUAAAUGUCACCCGGAUGCUAAAGAGAAGCAUGGGACCAUCCAGUCAGGAUUCUCGGGUUUAGUACCCAAGGUGUGUGAGGUCUUUCAGUUUAGUUUCUAAAAGCAAACAAACACAAAAAUCCACAAAAUAAAUAUCCAUUUCCUUGGGGAGUUUUACAUGGCAUUGCCAUCAUCAAAAGCAAUAAGCAGUGAAGAACUGGACAAAGAUGAUUCAGCUUUUCCAUUGUGAGAAUCAAAAGGCCAACUUUUCCCCCCAUUCUUUUCAUGUGCAGGUUGGUUUCAAAAUAAAAAGGAACUUGUCAAAUGUGA